AUUAGGGUUGGGUGUGACGUCAAGGCACAAGUGCCGCCGACCAUUUUUCUGGGAAUUUUAAGGUUGACAAAAUUGAGGAAACAACAACUGUUGAAUGAUCGGAGAACUCUGAUAAAACAACUAUAUCAUCUGGGGUUGUCAGAACAUGUUUGCGAUGAGUCAUUUCAGCGGAGCAGAAAAUAUUGAUUUAAAAAUGUCAUAAUUUAUCGGAACACACCAACAAAGACAACCGACAUUCUGUUGCACAUUCCAAUAUUUUCGCCGCUGUUUAUUUAUUUUUGGAUAUUCAUAGGCAUAGGCGAAUAGACUAAUUGCUGAAGAGGCUGACCUAACGGUGCCACUUCCAACUUUUUCCGCAUGAAGGUCCGUUCUUUCCCUUCUUUCGCAAAGCUGCAUCAGACGAGCUGCCUCGCAUGAGCCACCUCGGGGCGAGUGUUCCGCUCUGCCUGCUCGGGGAAUCAGGAUGAGAAAACCCAAAGUUGGACGAAUGUUUCUGGCGACAUGCGUUGGGUCACUUUUUAUGGUCAUAUUGUACUUUCAGAACAUCACAAGGCCAGCUGUGGAGCAGUCUGGGGGGAAGGGCAUCGCCCCAGGGAAGACCAGGAGAAGUCCACUACAGACCCUCUACAACGGAGACCAGUUGGAUUUGUCUGCAGUGCAGACGUCUCUGCGUGGUCGGCGGGAGCUGCUGGAGCAGGCGUGUCUCACCCACACCAAGAAGCGACGGGUGUUGACCCCAGACGACCUCCGCCACCUCAUCGUGGACGAUAAGCAUGGCCUGCUGUACUGCUACGUCCCCAAGGUGGCCUGUACCAACUGGAAACGUGUCUUCAUGGUCCUGACGGGGGACGGACGCUACCACGAGCCCCUAGCCAUCCCUGCCAACGAGGCCCACGUGGCUGGCAACCUGCGCACACUGUCAGAGUACUCCACCUCUGAGAUCAACCGCCGUCUGCGCAGCUACCUGAAAUUCAUCUUUGUGCGGGAGCCCUUCGAGAGGCUAGUGUCGGCCUACCGCAACAAGUUCACCCGCAGCUACAACACUGCCUUCCACAAGCGCUACGGCACCAAGAUAAUCCGCCGGCAUCGGCCCCAACCCCAGCCGGAUGCGCUGGAGCGGGGCAACGACGUCUCCUUCCAGGAGUUUGUGUACUACCUGGUGGAUCCCCGCACACAGAGAGAGGAGCCCUUCAACGAGCACUGGGAGCGGAUCCACUCACUGUGCCACCCCUGCCUCGUCCACUACGAUGUGGUGGGGAAGUAUGAGACUCUGGAGCAGGACUCACGCUCUGUGCUGCGGCUGGCUGGCACUGAUGAGGAGGUCCGCUUCCCUACCUCAGGCAAGAGCACCAGGACCAACGGGGACAUGGCAGCUCAGUUCUUCCGAAACAUCAGCCCCUUUUACCAAAAGAAGCUGUACAACCUUUACCGCAUGGACUUCCUGCUCUUCAAUUACUCCAACCCAGAGUACUUGAAGACUAGAUGAGGGCGACUCUCUACAUGUCAGCUAGAGAUUUAGUAAUCAAUCUGUUUGGCUCUGUAAUUUGUAAUUAAUCUGGGUGUGUAGAGCUUGUAAUUGAUGUUCCAGAUGUUAUUUAUACAGGCCUUGCCAGUAGGGGGAAUCACUACAUUGUCAGAUGUAAGAAGUUUAUGGGCAUAGGUGGCUGACCUUGGAGUCGCUAUAUUUGCUUUAAUCCUCGUCAUGUGGCCGAGAUAAGAGAGAAGCAGGUUCUUCUUUUACAAUUGAAUGUGUCGAGGGUUGUAAAGAACUUGUUGUGUGUAUCACAGAAUCCCUCGACUAUGCCUUCUUUAUUUAUACAAUUGUAAGAGUAUUUAUUGUGAAUAUAGACUGAGUCAUGGACAGAGCGCAUUGGGUGAGGGCAUUCUAAUUCAUGCAUUUCUUUCUGCUUGCACAUACAGCAUGUUUCUUUGGCUCUUGGACAUCUUCUGCAGCCAAAAAUGUUCCUCUGGGGGACAAGGGGUGUCAUAAAACUUACAUAAACCACCAAACAAAAGAAAGCAUAGUCCACAAAUAAAAAGAACAAAAACCCCCCAAUAAAAAUAAGCAAUUUACUCUCUAUUGACAGAAGUAUGAGGCUUGCACAGACCCAAUAUGAAUUGAACCAGUUGAAAUGGUAUAUCUUACAUGGUAGCAUCUUUUUUUAAAUAAACAGUGAAGUCCUCAUUCAUACUGUACCAUGUCACAAUUUUCCCACAUUAUAAAAUGAUUGACACCUGUUCAUUGAUGUUACAUAAGCCACAGUUGAUAGUAAAUAUGUUCUGAUAAACAAUGUAUGCUGGUUAUAUAAAGCCUGGCAGGCAGAUUACCUGCAGAUAGGGAGUUAUUUACAGAAAUGGCACAUGCUUUGCAGAGUCGCAUCUUUAUUUAGCUCACGUCAGACUGAGCAAACGGUGCAUAGCUGUGGUUUGGGCCAAGGCAGCCCCUCAUCAGAGCACUCCUUGUUGAACUGUGGAAAGCCACAGAGGGCUAACUACCUACCUACAGGGGCACUACAUGUUAAAACCAGGUAGGCCAUCUGGUAAAAAGCAAAUAUUAAAUUACAUUUAUAGCAUGCAGUAUUUUUCUUGACUAUGAGAGCAGUAUAAAUAAAAUGAGUUUUCAUGACUGUUUAUGUUAUGCCUCA